AUGCAUCUCGCGUCAGUGAUCGCCGCCACCCUGGCGGCAGCCCCUGGCCUGACUCUGGCUUCCGGUUCUCUGGGCUUCGCCCUCGGUGCGAAGCAGCCAGAUGGCCAAUGCAAGUAUCAGGCGGACUACGAAGCGGACUUCAGAGCCAUUCGCGAUGCCUCGGGCAGCAGCGUCGUGCGCAUCUAUGCCGCCGAUCAGUGCAACACGGCCCAGCAGAUCCUCCCCGCCGCGAAGAAGGAGGACUUCCAAGUGAUCCUAGGCAUCUGGCCCGAUACGGCGGAGUCGUACGCAGCCGACAAAGCUGCAAUCCUCCGCCAUACCCCCGGCUACGAGGCCCAGGUCUACGCCAUCACCGUCGGCUCCGAAUCCUUGUAUCGUGGAAACUUCACGGGCGUCCAACUCGCAGACAUGAUCAAAGACAUGAAGGCGUCGACACCUCACUUCAGGGUCGGCACGGCGGACAGCUGGAACAAGUACCAAGACGGCACGGCCGAUGCUGUCAUCAAACAGGCUGACAUUCUGCUCGCCAACGCUUUCUCGUACUGGCAAGGCCAGACGCGCGACAACGCCACUGCCUGUUUCUUCGACUCCAUUAUGCAGGCGUUCGGGCGCAUCCAGAGCGUCAGCGGAUCGACCAACAAGCCCGAGCUGUGGGUGGGCGAGACUGGCUGGCCCAGCGACGGCGCAAGGUACCAGAAGGCCGUCCCCGGACAUGACAACGCUCAAGCUUUCUACGGCGAGAGUGUCUGCGGCAUGGUCAACUGGGGCUUCAACGUCUUCUUCUUUGAGGCGUUUGACGAGCCCUGGAAGCCCCAUGCCAUCGGCAAGGACGGCAGCGAAGCGCCCGAGACUCACUGGGGCGGAAUGAAGGCCGACCGCACCGCCAAGUAUUCGCUGAAGUGUUAA